CUUCCACUUGCAAGCCCGAGUGAUGUUCAGCUCGUUGCGCGUAAUUUAUUCAUCAACAAUCGGAAGUAUCGACUGAUGAUCAAGCGCGUCUUCUCGGUACUUGUAUGCACGAAUAUGCGCAAACACGCGACCGGCCGCGUCGCGAUCGUGAUAAACAGUUGAAGAACGCGCCGCUGUUUAGUGCAAGUGAGUCAGUCAUCCGGGUGCCGCAUGCUCGCCAGCAGCAGAAGGUCCCAAUCGCAACAACUAAGUUAGCGGCGUGCCACAACUUCCGUAUAAAUAGCGAUAACGGCGAUAACGUCGUUAGUGCAGUGCGUCGCGUCUAGGCCAGCCUAAUUGCCGACGCAAUUCGACGGCAGUAAAUGCGUAUAUGCUGAACGUACGUGUUUACAUUGUGCGAGCGCACCUGAUCGCGCCGAUUGCGGGGCGGCAUUGUCUGGCUGUGCGAGGGUGAAAUUUGUCGCGACGCGCACACAAUGCCGGCGCACACAAUACGUUAAUGAACCACCGCGCGUGGAUUGAAAUCGGCGGCUGAGCGCGCGGACAGCGGACGGAAGGAAGAGAAACGGAAAAGGUGGAAACGCAUCGACGGCAACACACAACACGACGACGACGGCUUUAUUAGCAAUUUGUCGUCGGUCGAGAGUCAACACUGAAUCGACACCGGAAAGCCGCGCACGUCAUUGAUACACGCCCGCCGUGUUGGGAAUAACGUUCCACUCUCAUCUGCAAACAUAAAUACGUCAUCGUGGAGGGUGGCAAGGUGCAGGCGCCUCCCCGCAGCAGCCCUGAGAGCGCCGCCGGUUUGGCACCACCGUCGCCGGACAUGGACGACACCAGCAGCAAGCGACAAGCGACCAGUUUAUUCGGUUGUAGAGUUUUCAAGAAGUCAUCGCCCAAUGGCAAAAUCACGGUGUAUCUUGGCAAACGUGACUUUGUCGAUCACAUAUCGAACGUGGACCCGAUCGACGGCGUCGUCCUCAUUGAUCCCGAGUACGUGAAGGAUCGCAAAGUGUUCGGGCAUGUCCUGGCGGCGUUUCGUUACGGACGCGAGGAUCUCGACGUUCUGGGCUUGACGUUCCGCAAGGAUUUGUAUCUGGCUGCCGAGCAGAUUUAUCCGCAGGACCCGAACGCGACGAAACGACCGCUCACACGACUACAGGAGAGGCUUAUAAAAAAGCUGGGACCAAACGCGUUUCCAUUCUAUUUUGAGUUGCCGCCACAUUGUCCUGCCUCUGUUACCCUGCAACCUGCUCCAGGCGACACUGGAAAACCAUGCGGGGUUGAUUAUGAGCUGAAGGCGUUUGUGGGUGAGACGCAGGACGAUAAACCGCACAAACGCAACUCUGUCAGAUUAGCAAUACGAAAGAUAAUGUACGCACCGAGUAAACAAGGUGAGCAGCCAUCCGUGGAGGUGAGUAAGGAGUUUAUGAUGAGUCCCAACAAGCUCCACUUGGAAGCGUCGCUAGAUAAGGAACUCUAUCAUCACGGCGAGAAUAUUGCGGUGAAUGUUCACAUAGCAAACAAUUCGAAUCGCACCGUGAAGAAGAUUAAAGUCAGCGUGCGACAGUUUGCCGACAUUUGUCUCUUCUCCACUGCGCAGUAUAAAUGCACUGUUGCUGAAACAGACAGCGAAGAAGGCUGCCCCAUUGGCCCCGGCUUCACCCUGAGCAAAGUCUUUGCGCUGACGCCGCUCUUGGCGAAUAACAAGGACAAGUGGGGCCUGGCGCUGGACGGACAACUUAAGCACGAAGAUACUAACUUAGCAUCGAGCACCCUAGUGGCUGAUCCUGCUCAACGCGAGAACCUAGGCAUCAUCGUGCAGUACAAAGUCAAAGUGAAAUUGUAUUUAGGCGCUCUUGGAGGCGAUUUAGUGGCUGAAUUGCCUUUUAUCCUAAUGCAUCCUAAGCCUGAAGAGGAAUUACUACCCCCGCUGGACUCGUCCCGAAGAGAAAGCAGAGAAAUGGGCGCAAAUUCCGCCGACGAUACGAAUCUUAUACAACUCGACACAGAUGAGAACAACGACGAUAUCAUCUUCGAAGAUUUCGCAAGACUCCGACUGAAGGGCGGCGAGACGGACGCAUGAGGCGUCGACUAAUCCUAACGAAUCCCGAAAUCGCGAAGCGGAUUUGAACGAAUUGUCUUAUCGCGCCUGUAAAAUGUGCCCUAGUCAAGAAGAAAAAAAAAAGUAAUGAAACACACAAACACACAGAGCAUGUGCCGUCAAAAUGGCGUCCGGCGGCCAUUUUGCCACACUCAACUGGUCAGUCAGUAAACCAACCAACCAACCCAACCUACCCCUAAAUACAAAAUAUAUUUUCUUAUAUUUAUUAUUAUGCGACGAUCGUGGAGGAGAUGCGCAUUUUGAUUUUUUCAUGUUUGCUUUCCGCAUUCUUGGUGGCGCCGCGCAUUUACACUUACCUUAGCGCCACCACCCGCUUGGUGCGCUCAGUGUAUUAAUUGGAAUUGUAUGUAUUACUAAUCAUUUAUUGUUUUUAAUUUGUCUAUUCGUGUAUUUAUUGGCGCCGCGCUAGAUUAGUCACCCGCCUAGUCACUUCACACUGACUUCGUGGAACGCAACCGCAACGUCCAGCAUGGAAUCAACGCUUACUUCUAAUUACAAUGUUUUAUAUUAACCGAUUUACGCGCGAAUCAAUUACACAUCGUUAAUUAACUAAAGACAAGGAUAUAGACAAGCAUUUUUUCCUAUACAAUACGACUCUAUCGGACUUUAGUAAUUACUGUAAACCGUUGUUAUAUACUUGCGUCGCAAACACACAAUGAGAGGAAAAUGAAAGAGAAAGAAAGUUCUAAUUAUAUAUAACACGCAUCUAUUGCAUAUAUUGAAUGUUGACUGUAAGUUUUUUGUGACGUUUUUAAAUGUUUAAGCGCAGAGCAGAACUUAACCUUUAAUCAAAGACGCAGUAAAAAAAGAAACCCAGAUGUGUGUACCCACACACCACGAAUUUAUUGAUCAAAACUUGUAUGUAAAAGGAAAAAAAAACGUUUCUCAUUGUAUGACAUUCGAACGCCGACUGAACACACAACACGGAACAUGCACACACACACACACACACACCAUACCAUAAAUAUUAAACAUAUAUUUUUAAUGUUUGUAUUUUCUAGAAAAUGAAAUGAAACUAAAAACGUGGCGCGCAAAAUUCGGUGGCUAAUAUUCAUACCUGUGUGUAAAACAAAACUGAACAACAAAACGAUCACUAAACGAAUGUGGAACAAUAGACAAAAGGCAUAACUUAAUUCGGUUCGAUGUAUUAUAUUACGAAAUAUGUAUACACUUAAAAUAAACGUAAAUAAUAUACAAAAUGUAAUAAA